AGUUCAGUUCAGUGGGUUGAGUGAGAGACAGGAUUCCGUCUUGAGAGAGUGCUGCAGCUUUGCUUGCCUCGCCUCGCCUCAGCUCAGCUCCUCUGAGGGCUUCCAUCAUUCCUUCCAUCUUCCUAAAGCCUGAGCGAGCUCCAGCUCAGAAGAUACAACGUCAGUACAAGCAGCGAGUGUCUCCUGCUGCCGUAGCUGCAGCUGAGGAUUGUGCUUCGGAUGCGCGGAGGCUGUCUGCCUUUGCCGCCCGCACCCGCUCACAUACAUAUGCUUCUCUUAUGCUCGGAAGCAGCACUGACAUGAUUGAGCGCUCGACAACACCUUGGAAACGUGGGACAUCGCCACGCUUCAUCCGCAUUGCGUAAGUUUACACGCAGGGAGAAGGUCAGAACGUACAGCUGCAAAGCAUCCUGAGACUCACUGGCCGUGGACAUGAAGAGGUAGCAAGCGAGCGCCUCGGAACGCAUUCAGCGCAGCUAGGCAGGCACGCAGGCUCUCAGGCAGGCGGGCGGGCUGACACACGAACAGAUGUGUGCAGAUAGAUAGCGGUGGGGAAGGCUCACAGGACGAGACAUGUAAGCCGAGCGGUGAAGGAAGGCAAUCGCGGUGGGGUGGGAGGUGGCUAGCCAGGCCAGGAGAUGUAAAUAGCACGGAGGGGUGCGCUGUCGCCGAGAGUUGGGGACCCACUGACAGUUCUGACUCGGAUGAGGCAGAAGGAUUCAAUGCCCAUGAAGAGUUGCGCUUGAGAGGUACCGCUGAUCGUUCGGCCUCUGCGCUCGUGAAUCUCCCGUCAGAACGAGGAGCUCCGUUCUCCAGCUCCUUUCUUCGCUGCGCUUCGCUGCAUUCGAAAUGGAAGUGUUCGGAGUCAAAAAGCUCAAGGGAGCCCCGCCAUUAUCGUGGACGCACGCCAAGUCCACCCUGGGCUCGUUCCGAAACAAGCAGAGUCAGAAGAAUCUGAAGCUCACUCUCAUCUGCUUGUUCCUCACCAUUCUGAUUCUUCGGGGCACGAUAGGAGUAGGCAGCUUCAGCUUUUUCACCACGUCCGAUCCUGCGCCCGAAGGCUCGGUUUCGGCGUCAGCUGUUGGCCAUUUUUCGGAGGUGCAUCGCGGCUCGAAGCUCUCUCUGGACAAGGAUGAGGCCCCGUAUCGCUUGGGGCCCAGAAUCACCGAUUGGGAUGAACAGCGCGCGGCUUGGCUGGCAGAAAAUCCGCACAUGCGGACCACUCCCAAGGGCAGGCCUCGCAUGCUGCUGAUCACUGGGUCGCAGGCGAACAGCUGCAAGGGGCCGUCUGGGGAUCACUUCCUUCUGAAAUCCAUUAAGAACAAGAUCGAUUACUGCAGGCUGCACGACGUGGACAUCUACUAUAACAUGGUGCUCAUGCAGCCGGAGAUGGACGAUGUUUGGAUCAAGUUGCCUCUGGUGCGCAAGAUGAUGCUCGCGCAUCCGGAGGCCGAGUGGAUUUGGUGGAUGGACAGCGACGCCAUGUUCACCGACAUGACAUUCGAAUUCCCCAUCGAGAAGUACGAGAAGCACAACAUGGUGAUCCACGGCUGGGAGGCGAAGGUGUUCGAGGAGAAGGAUUGGUGCGGGCUGAAUGCCGGGGUGUUUCUCGUGCGCAACAAUCAGUGGACGCUGGAUUUCCUCGACCUGUGGGCGCCCAUGGGCGAGAACAGGGGCAACAUCCGGGACCAGGUGGGCAAGAUGUUCACGGCCGCGCUCCAAGGAAGGCCGGCGAAUUUCGAGGCCGAUGAUCAGUCGGGGCUCGUGUACCUGCUCAACACCUUGAGGGAGGAGAUCGCCCCCAAGGUCUACCUCGAGAGCUCGUACUACCUUCAUGGCUACUGGGUCAUUCUGUCGGAGAAGUACGAGGAGUUCAUGCGCAACAAUAAGCCCGGAACAGGAGACCACCGAUGGCCGUUCGUGACGCAUUUCGUCGGCUGUAAAUCUUGCAGCGGCGCUUACGGAGAUUAUCCCGCCGAGCGCUGUCUGACACAGAUGGAGAGAGCUUUCAAUUUUGCCGACAAUCAAGUUCUGGAAGCUUACGGAUUCCAACACAAAACUCUCACCGAUUCAGCGGUGCUGAGGACCAGAAACGAAACCACGCGCCCGAUCGACGUUCUAAGAAAUGUCGGCCACGACACAACCUCCAGAUCUUCCGCCGAGGAAGCUUAGGGCUAUAUAGGUUUGAGAUUCCGAGCUAGUCGACUCGCUAAUGCUUUCGGCAGUUUGGAUUCUGAAGUGUACAUUAUGAGAAUAUUGAAUUUGACUUUUGUACUUUGUAGGAUUUUGAGCAAAUCCAU